AUGCCAUUUUUACCACUCUCGCAAGUCCGUCGUCUACGGGACGAGCUCCAGGGCACCAACGCGGAAAUUUCCACGUGGGGAUGCGAGGGCUACGGCGAUAACAUCAAGCAGUGGAGCGAUUCGUGCGAUGAGGAUGUCGGCGCAGUGGUCCGAGUGACCUGCGCCGACGAAGCGGCGAUCGUGGUGCGAUUCGUGACCCGCCACCAGAUCCCGCUGGCCGUGCGGGGCGGGGGCUACUCGACGAGCGGCAGCUCGACGGCGCGCGGGGGCAUCGUCCUGGACCUGGCCCGGCUGCGGCGCGUGCGCAUCGACCCGGAGGCGCGCGUGGUGGCCGCCGAGGGCGGGGCGCUGUGGGCGGACAUCGACGUGGCGGCGGCGCAGCACGGGCUGGCGGUGGUGGGCAGCACGCUGAGCCACAUCGGCGCGGCGGGGGCCACCCUCGGCGGCGGCUACGGCUGGCUGACCGGCCAGUACGGGCUGGCCAUUGACAACCUGCUGUGGGCCAAGGUGGUCCUCGCCGAUGGCAGCAUCGUCAUCGCCUCCGAGACGUCCCGCCCCGACCUCUUCUGGGCGGUCCGCGGCGCCGGCCAGGAGUUCGGCGUCGCCGUCGAGCUCGGGUUCCGCGCGCAUCCCCAGCGCAACGCCGUCUUCGCGGGCACGCUGCUCUUCGCGCCGGAGAAACUCGCGGUCAUUGUCGAUUUCGCCAAUCGGUUCGAGAGGCAGACGGACGGCAAGCAGGGUCUGUGGUUCGGGUUCACGGUGGCGCCGGCGAUGACGCAGUGCUGUAUUCUGGUCGUGGUGUUCUACAAUGGGGACCAGGCACGGGCGGAGCAGUUCUUCGCGCCGCUGCUAAAGGCGGACCCGCUCGCCAACACCGCGGGGAUGAUCCCCUACGACAGUCUGAAUGGGAUUCUCAACACGACGGACACGCUGCACCGCCGCGGGAGCGACACCGAGGUCAACAUCAGCUACCCGCUGGACGUGGCCAUGGGCCCCCGGAAGAGCAUGCGCGGGAGCAACGUCACCCUCCCGCUGGACCUGGGGUUCGUGCAGUCGGUGUACGACGAGUUCAACGGGGUGCUCACGGAAUGCCCGCAGACCCGGGAUAGCAGGCUGCUGUUUGAGCUGCUGCCGAAUGCGCAGAUCAUGCAGGUCCCCGACGAGGCGACGGCGUUCGCGAACCGCGGGCCGUACUACAAUGUCAGUUGUCUGUUUCGGUGGUACGAUGCCGAUCUGGAUGCGCAAAUCCGGUUGGCGCAGGCCAGUCUGUUAGGCCGCAUUGCGACGUCGGCGGGGAUCAAGCGGCCGGGGUAUCAGGGCCCGAGACGGGGCACGGGCAUCUAUGCCAACUAUGCUGGCCACGAUGUGGGCAGCGAGGAGAUAUUCGGAGACAACUUCCCCCGCCUGCAGGAGCUCAAGAAGAAGUACGACCCGCACAAUACGUUCAACAAGUGGCACCGCAUUAGGGUUCCGGAGAACGGUCGGCAAUAG